AUGGAAUCACUGUGGUGGCUUCUACGCAGGGCUUGGAGUUCCCUCAUUGCCCUUUGGUACUUUCUAUGGCUGCACCCUCUCCUUUCGUUCUUUACUGCCUCUCUAGUAUUUCUCUUAGUAUCACUUACACAGUCAUUCGUUGAAUUCUCUGACAACCUUAAAGUCCAUUCACUUUCUCUAAACAAUUUUUCCCCGGCCUAUGUUACAGCGCUUAAUGAGUCUAUCAAUCUGGGUCAACCGAUCCAGUUCGAUGCCGCAGACAACAAAACUUCUCCUGCCUCCAUCCCACGAAUCAUCCACCGAACGUACAAGACAGAAGAUAUACCUUCGCACUGGAAAGGGACCUACAAGUCAUGUCGCGUGUUGAAUCCCACCUACGAGCAAUACUUCUGGACUGACGAGUCUUCUCGUCAGUUCAUCGAAACCCAUUUUGACUGGUUCCUUCCCACCUACGAUGCCUACCCAUACAACAUCCAGCGGGCUGAUGCUAUCCGUUAUUUCCUAUUAUGGCAUUAUGGGGGCGUGUACAUCGACAUGGAUAUAGCUUGUCGCCGACCAUUGGACCCGCUGCUGGAUUUCUCUGCUUGGAUGCCCAAGACCCAACCAUACGGUGUCAGUAACGACCUGAUGGCGAGUACCCCGGGACAUCCAUUCAUCACCAAAGUGGCCCUGGGCCUGCAUGAUCACGACGGCUUCUACCUCUCCAAAUACAUCACUGUAUUCUUUACAACGGGACCCAUGUAUCUCAGCAGUAUUUUGACGGAGUGGUUUCGAAAAGUGCAAAACGGCCCGGGUGAGGAAAUUACCAUGCCACAUGGCGUUGCUAUACUGCCUUCCAUGAUGUACGACACCACUCCAUACUCGUUCUUCGGUCACGCCCCAGGAUCCACCUGGCAUGGAAACGAUGUAGCGGCAGUCAGUUACGUUUACAAACACUGGCAUGAGAUUUGUUUCAGCGCAGUUGUACUUGGCUUAGUGGUAUUGACGAUCUAUAUCUUACGGGUUAGGAGGAGACAGCCAAAGUAUACCCCGAUUUUAGGUAGGCAAGAUGAGGAGGCAGGCUUUUUGUGA